GGGCCGGUUAUUACAGGUAACCAUGUUGGAUCCACUUGACACCACUCGUUACAAUCUCAACAAUAAAAUACAUUUAUAUUAAAAUUUAGAUUCGAAAGUUGAGAGUUUCAAUUUCGCCCACCAGUUUUUUUUUCCAAACCCUUCUAAGCUUCUAGUUACCGGUAAUCUUUCACAGCAUACGUGUCAGCAUUCACGCCACCGAAGAAAACCUUUCCAAAAUGCCAAAAUCCAUAUAACUCGUUUCAGAUUUUCACAUAAACUUUGAGAAAUACCCAACCUAACUUGCGAGUUUUCACAAAUUAAAGGAGCCAAAGAGAUGGUGGUUGCUUUGGAUAUUUUCAAGCUGUGUUUUGUUGCGAGUGCGUUUCUGUUCCGUUCCGUGUCGGCGGACGGCGGAGUUGGAGAGUUCCCGGCGUCAUGCGAGAGCAUCGAGUGCCCAAGCUACGACGUCAUCGGGAGCGGGAAUGGAUUCGAAAUUCGGCGUUAUAAUUCGAGCAUGUGGAUUUCCACUCAGCCAAUCGAUGAUAUCUCCUUGGUCCAUGCUGGCAAUAUUGCCUUCUUCCAGCUAUUUGAUUACAUCCAAGGCAAGAACAGCAACCAUGAAAAGAUAGAAAUGACGGCGCCGGUGAUAAUCGAAGUGAGACCUAGCGAUGGACCUUUCUGUGCUUCAUCCUUCGUGGUGAGCUUCUUCAUUCCGAAACAGAACCAAGCCACUGCGCCUUCCAGUGAAACCCUUUGGGUCCAGAAAUGGGGGCUCACCUACGUAGCCGUCAGGCAGUUCAGUGGGUUCGUCAAGGACGACCAAGUCGGAGAGGAAGCUGCUGCGUUGUACGCCGCCGUCGCCGGGACUGUUUGGUCGGACGCCAUUGAUAGGAGCCAUGGAGGGGAGAACGCCACUCACUACAUCGUGGCGCAGUACAAUUCGCCGUUUGAGUUCAGGAACAGAGUCAAUGAGAUUUGGUUGACAUUCAAUCUCCAGGAACCUGCUGCUUCUUUCGUUUAACCAACUAUGCAAUAUGUGGUGUUAUCCAAUAACGGUGUCACGUGAACGACACAUGAGCGACUAUCUUUAUUUUUUAAUUACCUGCCACUUAUACCA